GUUACUACAGGCGUCUCCGGAGAGUGUGGUCUUUGAGGCAAAGGUGUGAGACAAGGGGACAUAGCACAGCAGAGAACUUCACCCAGGGCCGUCUACAUGUUUUGUGAACGUGGUUUCAAGAAAAAAAAAAGGGAGAAUCCAAGUGCCACAGUGGCCAUUAGCCAGUGACCGGGGAACGUCACCCAGAAACGGCAGCCUUGGAAGCCAAUGGGAGCUGCUGGCCGCCAGCGCACUUCUGGGCGCGCCGAAUAUCCUGGGAGGUGUAGUCCCCGCUCCAGGUAGAGGAUUCUGGGUAGUGUAGUCUCAGCCUGCUGCCGGAGAAGAUUCCCCAGCUGGUGGCUGAAGUGACCCCUUGUUCUUUAGUGGCGCUGGUGAGACUCCCGCGGGACCUUUGCCGCACCCGUGUACUUCCUUGCGCAGAAAGGCACACAUGGCAUUCAGAGAUGUGGCUGUGGAUUUCACCCAGGAAGAGUGGAUGCUGCUGAGCCCUGCUCAGAGGUCCCUGUACAGAGAAGUGAUGCUGGAAAACUACAGCAACUUGGUCUCGCUGGGAAUUCCAUUUUCUAAACCAAAACUCAUCACCCAGCUGGAGCAAGGGAAAGAAACCUGGGGAGAGGAGAGAAAAUGCCUACCAGUCACCUGUCCAGCAGAACCAAAGCCAGAAUUCCACCUCUGUCCUUUCUGCCUUCCGGAUUUCUCCAGUCAUAAGUUCCACAUGCAGCACAUGCUGUGUAAUCAUCCCCCCUGGAUCUUCCCAUGCUUGUGUGCAGAAAAUCAUGUCCAGCCAGGGGAUCUGUGCCCAGGGGACCAAAAGAAGCAGGAAGAAGCCUCUGAUCCAAGUUCCUGGAGUGAAAAGGCAGAAGGUCAGGAGAGAGAAGGUGCCAAACUUUCAUUUGGAAAGACAAAGAAAAGGACUUUAACAGCAUUCUCCAAGCUGCCUCAAAGGCAGCCAGUCAGUUCUAGGAAUGGCAUCAGAGGGGUGGAAAUAGAGGCCAGCCCUGCUGAGACGGGGAAUCCUGAGGAAACAGACAAAUUGUUGAAGAGGAUAGAAGUCUUAGGAUUUGGAACAGUCAAUUGUGGAGAGUGUGGACUGGGCUUCAGCAAGAUGACAAACCUGCUUAGUCACCAGAGGAUACACUCAGGGGAGAAGCCAUAUGUGUGCGGGGUAUGUGAGAAGGGCUUUAGUCUAAAGAAAAGCCUUGCCAGGCACCAGAAGGCCCACUCAGGGGAGAAACCUAUUGUGUGCAGAGAGUGCGGGCGAGGAUUUAAUCGGAAGUCAACACUCAUCAUACAUGAGAGGACACACUCAGGCGAAAAGCCUUAUAUGUGCAGUGAAUGUGGGCGAGGCUUUAGUCAGAAAUCAAACCUCAUCAUACACCAGAGGACGCACUCGGGAGAGAAGCCCUAUGUGUGCCGGGAAUGUGGGAAAGGCUUUAGUCAGAAGUCAGCUGUCGUUAGACACCAGAGGACACACUUAGAGGAGAAGACCAUCGUGUGCAGUGAUUGUGGACUAGGCUUCAGUGAUAGGUCGAACCUCAUCUCACACCAGAGAACACACUCAGGUGAGAAGCCUUAUGCCUGCAAGGAAUGUGGGCGAUGCUUUAGGCAGAGGACAACCCUUGUGAACCACCAGAGGACACACUCAAAGGAGAAGCCUUAUGUGUGUGGAGUUUGUGGACACAGCUUUAGCCAGAAUUCAACCCUCAUCUCACACAGGCGGACACAUACCGGGGAGAAGCCUUAUGUGUGUGGGGUGUGUGAGCGAGGCUUUAGUCUGAAGUCACACCUCAACAGGCACCAGAACAUACACUCAGGGGAUAAGCCCAUCGUGUGUAAGGAUUGUGGGCGAGGCUUCAGCCAGCAAUCAAAUCUCAUCAGACACCAGAGGACACACUCAGGGGAAAAGCCCAUGGUGUGUGAGGAGUGUGGGCGAGGCUUCAGCCAGAAGUCAAACCUCAUUGCACACCAGAGGACACACUCAGGGGAAAAGCCAUAUGUGUGCAGGGAGUGUGGGCGAGGCUUCAGUCACCAGGCAGGUCUUAUCAGGCACAAGAGGAAACACUCGAGAGAGAAGCCUUAUAUGUGCAGACAGUGUGGACUAGGCUUUAGCAAUAAGUCAGUUUUAAUUACACAUAAAUGGGUACAUUCUAAAGAGAAGCCUUGUGUAUGCAGAGAGUGUGGCCAAGGCUUUAUCCAAAAGUCACACCUCGUCUUACAUCAGAUGACACACCAAGGGGAGAAGCCUUAGGUAUGGAAGACAAGUGGGCAGGGCUUUAGCCAGAAGUCUCACCUCAACAGACAUAGGAUGAAAGCUCUCUACCACAAGCCACCAUACCAGCCUGACUCUGAAACCUGUUCAGGGCAAUCUUCUGACCCCUUACAUGGUCUUUGAAAGUGAAGAUGGUGGCAAGAACUAAAUAAAAUUUUUACACUUUCAUGAAGUGGAGUAGAAAAAUGCAUUCCAUAAGUGGCCAAAGGACAUUGGACUUAGUUUACUUUCUCUACACUAAGUCUUCAUGUUUUGUGGCUUUUUGUUCUAAUAAACAUUGCUUCUUUACAAAUCUGUAA